ACUGACCUCAAAAUUACAGCAGCUUCCUUUUCAGGGCGGAGUAAAUCAGAGGAAAAGCUCCUGGAUUAUCACAUGAGCGGCUUUUGCAGAAUUCCUAUUAACCCCCAGUCAUUGAAAGGUGACUUUAAUAUGUUCCGCGGUCCGAUCGACAGCAAGAGAAUAACGCUGUGAGAAGCAGCGAAUAUUGACAAAGGAGGCAGAUUGGCACAGCAACGGGAGACCACGUUCAUUUGGAUUCCGGCAUUCCCACUGUGACAUGUGGAAGAAGUGGGUUUUCGCGCUGUUGGUGUGGCUAUGGACGGGAUUUCCUGAUGCAACGGGUUCCUAUUCUUCCCCACAUCUUAGCAUCCAGAAUAAAGAACAUAUAAUUAAUGCUAAUGACACUUUAAUAAUUACUUGCAGAGGACGUGAACCAUUGGAAUGGUCAUGGCCCAGAAAUCACAGUAACAUGGAACACAGGAUAUCCCUGACUGAUUGCACCAACAGUACCUCGUUUUGCAAAACUCUCAUUUUGACAAAAACCAUCGCAAACGAUACGGGAGCAUAUCGGUGUUUCUACAAGUACUCUACGGUGCAAGAAGCUGCAAGUAUUUAUGUCUUUGUUCAGGACAAUCAAAUUCCCUUUGUGAAUUCCUAUCCUGGGAACCCAGAAGCAUUGUACAUAAUGGAAACCAAGACAAUAGUGAUUCCAUGCAAAGUAUCCAUGCCGGAUCUUAAUGUGACCCUACAUACGAAAUAUCCAGAAAAAUACAUUGCUGCUGAUGGAAUGACAACUUUCUGGGACAAUCAGAAAGGUUUCACUAUUUUGAGUCACAAGAUCAGAGAUGUAGGAAUGGUCACGUGUGAAACAACAAUGAAUGGAAGAGUCUACAGUUCCAACAUGUAUGUGGUGGUAGUUUUAGGAACCAAGAUUCAGGAGCUUACACUAAACCCUCGGUCACAAGUGGAGUUAGCAGUGGGGGAACGUUUGAUACUCAACUGUAGUGCCAAAACUGAACUCAAUGUUCGGCUGAUCUUUAAUUGGAAGUAUCCUGGAUUGAAGAAUCCACACCUAGUCUUCAAAACAAUGAAACAAGAACAACCCAAAGGGCUGGAACUCUCAAACAUUCUGAUUAUAGACAAUGUGACAAAAGGAGAUGAAGGAACAUAUUUUUGCAGUGCCUCCAGUGGAAUGAUGACAAAGGAGAACAGCACUGAUGUCAUCAUCUAUGACAGACCCUUCAUCUUCAUAGAUCACAAAGCUGGGUCGAUAGUUGAGGCAGUGCUGAAAGAAAAGAAUGUCAAAAUUCCGGUGAAGGUUACAGCCUAUCCCCAGCCAGAGAUGAAAUGGAUAAAGAAUGGAAGGUCAAUUAGUAAGGAUCAAGCAUACUACAAGAUAAAGCAAGUUGGGUAUACAUUGAUUAUCAGUGAUGUGACUGAGAAGGAUGCUGGAAACUACACAAUUAUACUUAAAAAUCCUAUGACGAGAGAAGAGCAGCGUCACACAAUCCAACUUGUAGUAAACGUUCCCCCAAGGAUUCAUGAAAAAGCCGUGGCUACAUACAAUGACUUCUAUAGCUAUGGGAGUAGACAGACUCUGAUUUGCACUGUCUAUGGCAUUCCUCUUCCAGACAAGAUUAUUUGGGAAUGGCAGCCAGUAGAGAACUGUAGCUUCCUCCACCAUUCUCAAAGAGAAUUGAGAAACCCCUCUGAGUCGCAUGAAAAGAAGAUCUGGAGGAAUGUUGCAGACAAUGACGGCAGUAACAAGAUCGAGAGGACAGAGCCUCGGACCGUUUUUCUUGAAGGAAAGCACAAGGUGGUCAGCACCCUUGUGAUUCAGGCAGCAAAUGUCUGUGCUAUGUAUAGAUGUCGGGCUUUUAACAAAGUCGGACAAGAUGAGAGGGUUAUCUUCUUUCAUGUAACCAAGGGACUUGAAAUUAAUUUGCAGCCUACUGACCAUCCCAUUGAAAAGGACAAUGUAACUCUUCAGUGCAAAGCAGACAAAUUUACAUAUGAGAACCUUAAAUGGUACAAGGUCCACUCCAAAAUUCUCCAAAACUGCCAUGGCAACCUUGCCAUCCUCCCAUGUGAAGACCUCCAACGUGAUGCACAACUGAUGACUUGGAGGAUGGUUUCUGAACAGAAGACUGAAAACAUCACCAUUGAACUGAGCUUUGGCAAGGUAUCUCUUCACGAUCAAGGAGUCUAUCUUUGUGAAGCGCAGAAUAAAAAGACUGGUGAAAAACACUGUAUAAUGAAGACACUUUCUGUAGAAGCUCAACAGACUCCAUUGGUGCUUCAGAAUCUGACAGACCAAACAGUGAAUAUGAGCUCGUCUGUAGAGAUGAAAUGUGAUGUGGUCGGGGCACCGAGCCCACAUAUAAUAUGGUAUAAAAAUAACAAGCAGCUUCUGGAAAUGUCAGGCAUUGUUCUAAAUGAGCUGAACAGGACCUUGACCAUCCAGAGAUUAAAGAAGGAAGAUGAAGGGAGGUACAAGUGUGAGGCUUGUAACAUCCAGGGCUGUGCGGAGACUUCUGCGAUGAUUGCUGUAAAAGGAUUUGAAGAUAAGGCAAACCUUGAAUUGAUCAUCCUAGUUGGCACUGGUGUGAUUGCCUUGUUCUUUUGGUUGCUUCUAAUAAUCAUCUUGCGGACAGUAAAACGGCCCAGUGAUGCAGAACUGAAGGCUGGCUACUUGUCAAUCAUCAUGGACCCAGAUGAAAUAUCUACGGAUGAGCAGUGUAAAAGACUGUCAUAUGAUGCCAGUAAAUGGGAGUUUCCUAGAGAUAGACUUAAAUUAGGCAAACCUUUGGGUUGUGGAGCUUUUGGCAAAGUGGUUGAAGCAGCUGCAUUUAAUAUUGGAAAAGCCUCUACUUGCAGAACUGUUGCUGUCAAGAUGUUGAAAGAAGGAGCAACAUCUAGCGAACAAAGAGCAUUGAUGUCCGAACUGAAGAUUCUUAUUCAUAUUGGCCAUCACCUCAAUGUGGUGAACCUGCUCGGAGCCUGCACAAAAGCAGGAGGACCUUUGAUGGUGAUUGUUGAGUUUUGCAAGUAUGGGAACCUAUCAAACUACUUGAGAAGCAAGCGAAGCAAUUAUAUCCCCUACAAGAGCAAAGCACUGAAGUCAAGACAGGUAAAAGAAAAUGAUUAUGCUGAAAUGGAGAGUGAGUUUAAACGGCGCUUAGACAGCAUUGCAAGUAGUGAGAGCUCCACCAGUUCUGGGUUCGCAGAAGAAAAAUCACUGAGCGAUGUGGAAGAGGAGGAAGUUACAGAUGACCUUUACAAGAACUGGUUGACAAUGGAGGACCUUAUCUCUUACAGUUUCCAGGUAGCCAGGGGGAUGGAGUUCCUGGCAUCACGAAAGUGCAUUCAUAGGGAUCUAGCAGCACGCAACAUACUCUUGUCAGAGAACAAUGUGGUGAAGAUCUGUGACUUUGGUUUGGCUCGAGAUGUUUAUAAAGACCCAGAUUAUGUUAGGAAAGGAGAUGCACGACUACCUCUUAAAUGGAUGGCCCCAGAGACCAUCUUUGAUAAAGUUUAUACGACACAGAGUGAUGUGUGGUCAUUUGGGGUUCUACUUUGGGAAAUCUUUUCAUUGGGUGCCUCUCCAUAUCCUGGUGUUCAGAUUGACGAAGAAUUCUGUCAAAGACUCAAAGAUGGCACACGAAUGCGAUGUCCUGAAUAUGCGUCUGCAGAAAUCUAUCAGACAAUGCUGGACUGUUGGCAUGGGGACUAUAAAGCAAGACCAGUCUUUUCUGAACUAGUGGAGCACCUCGGAAAUUUACUGCAGGCAAAUGCUCAACAGGAUGGGAAGGAUUAUAUUCCGCUGAACAUGUCGCUGACUAUAGAAGAUGAUUCCCGGCUUUCUCUGCCAACUUCACCUGCUUCCUGUAUGGAAGAACAGGAAGGGUGUGAUCCAAAAUUCCACUAUGACAACACAGCAGGAAUACGAUACUUGAAUGGCAGUAAAAUGCGAAACAGGCCUGAGAGCGUUAAAACGUUUGAUGAAAUACCAGUAGAGCAAACAACUGUUGUUGUGCAAGAGGAUAACCAGACUGACAGUGGCAUGAUACUUGCAUCAGAGGAACUUCAAACACUGGAAACAAGGCAGAGUCAGAGUUUGGCAUUCAGUGCUUUAAUCCCCAGCAAAAGUAAAGAGUCUGUGUCAUCAGAUGGCUCCAACCAGACAAGCGGCUACCAGUCAGGUUACCAUUCUGACGACACUGACACAGUUCCUUACCCCAAUGAAGAAGCGAAAACCAAGGAUAAUUACUGCACCUUCCCAACUGAUUACAACCUUGUAAUUCGAUACAGCACACCGCCUGUUUAAGAAUUCACUUCAACACUCAGAGGAUGCCAACUUGUAGCAAAUUCACCUAAGCCUUAAUUCAAUAAAGUUACCGCAUAUUUUAUCUAAAAUAUUGUCAAAAUAUGAACUUUGUUCUAAACAAUAGAACUAUUAUUAAGAUUGACACUAGGUAUCUUUAUAUUUCAGAUGAGGGCAGUGGAGUAACUUAUGGUCAAUAAUAUACCAACUGUUAAACUAACACCAGUUUGUUCUGUUCUUGUAAGUUCAGCUUUGGUUGUACAAUACAUGAACUGUCACACAAAAUAUAUGAAAUAGACAAGGCUUUCAGAAUUGAUCUUUUGAAAAAGUGACAAAAAUUGACUGUUACGUUGACGUUGGUCAUCACUUCACAAUAAGACAUUGCAUCAAGUUGUCCAUCAAACUUCAAGCAAUUCAAGGCUGAGGAAAGGCAACAAUUAAACGAAACACUGCACAAUUGAAAGUUACGUCGUAACUUAAGACUGAGUUCCUAAUUGACAAUGAAACUGUCUGAAUGUAUAAAUCCUGUAUUGCCAUAUUUCAUCUCUGUUCAAUGGAUAGCUCUCCGGUUAUACAUUUGUGUGUGUGCAGAGACAGAAUGAGAGAGGAAGUAUAGAUAGGCACCUAUUUAUAGCACCUGAGUGUUGAAUGCAUUUUCACAAAUAAAUGUAAUAUAUUGAACACAGAUAAUAAGAUACAGAUAAUUAAAUGAGUAUGCUGUAUGCAGUACACAUUCUUACUGCCAUAUGAAGGAAUGUUGGAUUGGAUUGGAUAAACAGGAAAACCAGGGAAUGGUCAUUUGGUGGUACAUACACUCUUUCCAUUGAGUAGCAAUCAAAGUAAAAUACUUCCAAAUAAACACAUGUAUAAACAUUGAACUGGAAAUGAGAAAAGAUUGUGCUAUGUAUAAUAUAUAUAUAGAUCAGAACACAGCCUUUUUACUACUGUUGAAUGUGAAUAUUCAGAGUCUUUGUUAUGGUUUGCACAAUCACCAUGGAAUAGACCGAAAAAGUGAUCAGUGUAUUAUUUCUUAAAGGAAAGAUUCUUUAUAACAAAAUUACUUUAUAUGAAGAGAAUAUUUGAGCAGAUUUUCAUUUCACUUUGUGUUCCAUCUUUUGUUUUCCAAAAGUGAAAUGUUUCAAAAGAUACAGUAUUACAGAUGAAUAAACAUCUGCUCAAGGCAAUUUAUACUUUUGUAAAAUACAUAUAUUGUGUUUUUGCAAUUAUUUAGAUUUGUAUCCUGUUUUUCAACAAUAAGUUUAUAGAAAAUCAAUGUCUUGUAGUAAAGUAAUUUGAUGAUGUUAAAGGAAAUUAAUUGAAAUUGUAAACUUGCUUGCUGGACUGAACUUUAAAUUGAGAGGAUCAAGUGGUUUAUUUGACCAGUUUCUCUACCCAUCUCCCAAAUACCUUGUUGUGAUGUUGGACAUUGCAUUUCUGGAUGGAACAUACAGGUAAUGUCAAGAGUUUAUUUCUCACAUGAAUCUGUUAUUUGAUGGCCUGAAUGCACUGAUACUUGUGCAACUAUUUAGUUCAGUACAAUGGUUAAACCCAUUUCCAGAGCAAUGUACUAUUUUUGAGAGCAUAAGAUCCAGGAGCAGGAGUAGCCCCACGAGCCUGCUCUGCCAUUUAAUACAAUCGUGGCUCAAUCUGUCCAAUAGUCAGAUGAUGAACAUUGAUUUCAAUGCAAGCCAGGUCUUACAAUGAGACGUUCACCAUCGUUGGUUUUCUGCAUGACAGUUAAAUCUAUUUCCCCAGGCUUCAGUUAUUUCAUUUGUUAGCAGCAUAAUUCUGAUCCGUGAUAACUUGACUAAGUUUACAACUGAAAAUUUGAUGUCCUUAAAGUUGUGGAAAGUUUUGAGCUAAAUACACACUCAUAGCUCAAAAAGUGUUUUGUGUUGCCUGUAAAUAAACUAUUUUGUCUAUUUUUUUUUACAGUUCUUAGGAAUUGAACAAUGCGUAAAAGGUUCACUUCUGCAAUUUAUUUUUAAUAAACAUUUUUCGUA